AUGACGAUAAAUUCCUUCAACCGGGCGUUGUUGACGCCAUGUCCCAUUUUACGGCCCACAGAAAAGGAGUUCGAGGACCCGGUGGCGUAUCUCUCACGACCAGACGUAGCCAAGCUAGGCGAUGACUUUGGAAUAGUCAAAGUGGUGCCUCCACAAACGUGGAAACCUGAGUUUUCACUUUCCAACGAUUUCAAAUUCCACACAAGACUACAAAUUUUGAGUGAUUUGGGUAUCACUUCCCGUAGUAGACGCUCUUUUAAGGAUAACCUCAACCGGUACUUGAAAAUGAUUGACCAGCGGCCGGUACGCAGUUCAUUUGUCACUAAAGACCACAACCGAAAGAAGGUUUAUUACUAUGAUUUGUACCAGGCAGUACAGAAAAUAAGCUCUGGAGCGGCUAUGGAUGAACACAAAUGGAAUACCGUGAGCCAGCAGUUUGGAAUAGUGGAUUCACCCGAUAUUCUUCGACAUGAAUUUGAGGACAAAAUUGCGUCCUAUGCUCUGUUCUUGAAUUCAAGUGAACAGUAUUUUCCAGAUACCAAGGAAAACGAAGACAACGACAACUGUAUGAUAUGUGACGACAACAGCCGUCCCACAGAAACUCUACUAUGUGACAACUGUGACAGCUCGUUCCAUAUGUCUUGCUUAAAUCCACCAAUGACCGAAGUACCACUGAGCGAGUGGUUCUGUGAAAAGUGCUUAGUAGGCACAGGAGAGUAUGGGUUUGAAGAAGAGACCGACGUCAAGUACUCACUAGCAGAAUUCUACGAUAUGUGCAAAGAAUUUGAGGCAGAUUUCUGCGAAGAGUAUAAUAAUGGUGAACCGUUGACUUUGGAUAUUAUCGAAAAAAAGUUUUGGGAAUUCGUCGACAUAGAAAAGUCAGAUCUCGAAGUCAAGUACGGUGCCGAUAUCCACCACCUAAAGCCAGGACAUAUAAGCGGGUUUCCAAUGGAGAAUACUCCCGGCUUGGAUAUGAAUAACGAGAAUGUGCAAAGGUAUGUUAAGCAUCCUUGGAACCUCACUCGUCUUCCAUUCGCCAAGGGUUCCUUGUUGAACUUUGUAAAUCGGUCAAUUUCAGGAAUGACGGUCCCAUGGAUCUACGUUGGCUCUCUUUUGUCUACCUUUUGUUGGCAUGUCGAAGACCAUUAUACGCUAUCGGCUAAUUAUUGUCAUUUUGGUGCUACCAAAAAAUGGUACGGAAUACCGUCCAAAGAUGCAGACAAGUUCGAACAACUAAUGAGAGAUUCCGCACCAGAUUUGUUUAAGCGACAGCCAGAUCUUCUCCACCAAUUGGUGACUCUUAUCUCUCCUAUGAAAUUAAUCGAAAGCGAUAUAAGAUGUGUUGAAGUUGAGCAACAACCCAACGAAAUAGUCAUCACAUAUCCUCGUGUAUACCACGCCGGGUUCAAUAGUGGCUUCAAUUUCAAUGAAGCUGUCAACUUUACAAUAUCCAAAUGGUUGGAGUUUGGCGAGAAACUGAUCGAGGACUACAGAAAAAUUAAAAAGGAAAAUGUGUUUAACCAUUUCCAAUUGGUGGAAAACGUUCUCAAAUCGUAUUGCCAGAGUACUCUGCAUGAAGAAGACUUUGUUCGAACCGCAUUAUCCAGCUAUGAAAACUUUAUUGGCAGACAGUUUCAUAUGAUGGAGAUAUUCCGACAAGCAGGCAUUUCAAGUAUAAAGUCAAAGCGAAAUGAAACUAUGAGAAGCUUUGAAGAAGAGCAAAAUGGUGUCUUUCACGAUGAAACAGAAGAUGACGAGUUGUGUGGUAAUUGUAGAACACACAUUGGAUAUCAGUACUUUGAUUUCGACAACAAAGCUAGGGAACUGAAGAAAGAGGAAGAAGAACCCAUAAAGGAAGAAGCAGUUCUGGUGGAUGAAAUACAUGAGGGAGUAGACGAGAAGUCAUCGAACCAGAUCGACAACAAGGCUUUGUUCACCACCCCAGAGAUUAAACAAGAAGGAUUUGAGUCAACCAAAUUAUCUGUUAGACAGCUUCUUACUCCACAAGCAUCACCCCAAGAAAUAAUUAUCAAGCGACGUUUGUCAGACACUGAAGAAUAUCAGAACGAUCACAGAGACGAGGAGGAACACCUGGGCAAACGAAGAAAGUCAAGUCGUAUUCAAAAAUUAGAAAAAGAACAACUCCAACGAAAGGAAGCGGCCGCCCACUCUAUCGCUCGCAUGUACCAUAAAACCAAUAAUGAUCUUCUUGACAAGCAAAAUCGGGUAAGAUUGUGCCUCCAAUGCUGUUAUGACCGGUAUGGACAAGAAGUGCCCAAACACGGACAAUUAGUAGUGGAAACUUCAAUUGAAGAUCUGAGAGAUUUGAUCCAACAAGUGAAGAGAAGACUUGAGAGAAGAAACGGCGUGGACGUUACUAUGUUAUUAAAUAGUUAG